AUGUGCUUGGUUGUACCUGUUUAUGGUGUUUCUUCUUCUGUAGUGAGAGGUGAUCGAAGUGAUUUACUGCGAAACUUUACGGAAUUCGUUGUCGGACACACUGGUCAUGGAUGUCAACAGGUGGUUUACGAUCUCAAGAAUAGAGUUUCGAUUGCCUACGUGAGCAAUGGUCUAAAAACAGGUCUCUACAAUUUAUGCAGGACGUACAGUCGUCUACAAAACGCUGUAUACGAUGUUGUCGAGUCGCGUUUGAGCGAACCAAAAACCUUCAGUAGUUAG